UGUCCUCCAGUGUACCAAAACCAGAUCCCAGGGCACCCAGCAUUUAUAACAAAACGUACAGCAGAAUUCAACUCAUCCUGGCCGUUGAUCAAGUCCCAGCUACUUGUUUUCUUUGUCCUCGAAAUGAAUAACAAAACAAACAAAGAAGAAGCCGCAGCAGCGGCAGCAGCAGCUUCGCUUUAAACCCUCUGCACUUUCUUCUUCGUCGUCUUCGUUUCAAACCCAACAAACAAACAAAGAACCCAACCUCUUUCCUUUCAAACAUAUCAGAGACAAAAAAUGCACGCCAAGUCCGACUCCGAGGUGACCAGCGUGGAGCAGUCCACUCCUCCGCGGUCGCCGCGGCGGCCCAUCUACUACGUCCAAAGCCCGUCCAAUCACGACGUCGAGAAGAUGUCGUACGGCUCAAGCCCAAUGGGCUCUCCCGGCCACCCCUACUACCACUGCUCCCCCAUCCACCACUCCCGCGAGUCCUCCACCUCCCGCUUCUCCGCCUCCCUCAAGAACCCUCGCAACCUCUCCGCCUGGAAGCGCCUCCACCGCCCCGACGACCACGGUAACGACUCCGACGAAGACGACCAGAACGACGCCGCGCCCUCCCCCGGCCGCAACGUCAGGCUCUACCUCUGCUUCGCGCUCUUGUUCUUCGUCCUCUUCACCCUCUUCUCCCUCAUCCUCUGGGGCGCCAGCAAGUCCUACAAGCCCCAGGUCGUCGUCAAGAAUAUUGUGUUCGAGAGCUUCAACAUACAGGCGGGGGUGGACAACUCCGGGGUGGCGACGGACAUGCUGUCGUUGAAUUCAACGGUCAGGAUUCACUACAGGAAUCCCGGGACAUUCUUCGGCGUCCACGUCACGUCCACUCCUCUCGAGCUCCACUAUUUCCAGCUCAAGGUCGCCUCCGGUCAGAUAAAAAAGUUCUCCCAAGCAAGGAAGACUCAUCGGACAAUAUCGACAGUGGUGCUAGGGUCUCAAGUAGCUCUCUACGGUGGAAUUUCAGUUCUUGAUGUUAGAGGGAAUCACGAGAAGGUGGCAGUGCCGCUGAAUCUGACAUUCGUUGUGCGUUCCAGAGCCUACAUUUUGGGAAAACUAGUGAAGUCCAAGUUUUGUAAGAGAAUUAGAUGCUCUGUCACUCUGAGGGGCAGCAAUCUAGGCAAGCGUUCUAAUUUGACAGAAUCUUGCGUCUAUCAAUGAAUCAUAUGCUCUGUUCAUUUACCAUCAGUAAGCUUUUGGGGAUCUGAUUGUCCAUUAAUUGUUUCUACCACAACUGUUUAAACUAUUGUGCUAUUUCACUCCAUUAGCCCACAAGUUUGUGUACAAAAUUUUAAUUUGGCUUCAGCCUCUUGGUGGAUUUGCCUUUCAUUUACAUUGUAGAACUUCAGUAGUUGUAAAGAAUAGACGGGGGAAGGAAACAAGUAUUUGCAGCCUCCCAUUCAUUUCUGUAGAACUGAUUUGUAUAAAGCAACAUCAUUUGUUUCA